GCUUCGCCAUGCUCCUUUUUGUUGGCACCAUUGUAACUGAUUGCAAUAAAGUUCAGAUGCUUGAAGAGGUCCAUGGUGGUCGGUCAACAUCUGCUUCAUCCUUUUAUCACAUAUCAGAUCUUCUGCUCUGAAGCUAAAGCUUUUUCAGGAACCAGAAAUGUUUCUUGAAAUAGAAAUGUGACGUGCUGAUGUUAGUAAGGCUUGCCUCACCAACAGAAUUAGUUCCGUCGCUUAUCUCAUUCCCAUCGUCAUCAGAUUGCCAAGCAAAGGACGGGCUACAGCUCAAACGAAAGACCGCCACUUUUGCUGAAACUCCAUAAAUAGAACAACGGUGGUACGAUAGAGACGUAAAAAGUUUAGGCAUCCAUCUUAGGAAGCGCAAUGGCAUCAAACAAAUUUCAGCCCUCCUCAGAUGAUUCGUCCAGCGAUGAUGAGGAGGAACGCGCCAGAAUGGCGGCCAUCCAGUCAGUAGCCAUAGAGUCUUCCGCCGUCGUGCAAAGUGCGGCCACAUCAAAGAACAAAGCACAGGCCCGGAGAAAAAGGGCGCAGGCUGACGCAGACGGGAGCGAUGCGAGUGGGGAUGAACAGAAUGGGGGGCUGAAGCACUACCAAUUGAAGGCCCAGGAUGCUCUGCACGACUUUCUGGACACAACUUUUGGCCGCCUGAUCAGCGAUGCUGGGGGGACAGCUGUUAGCGAAGACUCCUCUUCUUCUGAUGCUGAAGACGAGGACGGUGGUACAACAAAUGGGGGGGAGUCGAACAAGGACACUCCAGGCUUUCAGCUCUUUGGUCGACUGCCUAAGCGAAAAGCUCCGACGGAGUCAGAGAAACGAGCCGCUGAGAGCAGCCAACGGCGGCAGAAGCGCCAUGAAGAAGGACAAGAAUUUGACGAAGAAGCUGCGGAGGUGAGGGAGAGACUGACGUCAGCGGCGGUCGAGUCUGACGUCAUUCUCAUGGCGGCAGAAACGGCCGCAGGGCGUGCUGCGGCUGAGGCGAAGACCGACGAGGCGCGGCGACAGAAGGAGAUGACGGACGAGGGGCAACGCAUUGCGAGGUUGAAACGAGAGCGAGGAGUAGCGCAGUUGAUUAAGGGCCGGAUAGUAACGGUUAAGGAACCGGUUAGUGGCGAGGUUACCAAAGGGAACGGUGUGGCGGAUGGUGGCGAAAGUGUAGCGGAGGAAAUAGGACGAGGAAAGGGGAAGAAGAAGAAAACGACGCACCGGAAAGAAGUGGAGGAUGAGUCGGAAAAGCUCGAUACAAGGUCAGAAGCUGUAGAGGGGAAUGCCCGGAAAGAAAGCAGCGAUACGAUAGAGACGCCAAAGAAGAAGAAGAAGAAGAAGAAGAAGAAGAAGAAAGAUGCGGUGACGACUGAAGGAUAG